AUGGCACACUUUUUCUCAGUACAAAGCCUUUUAACCCUCUUCCUCUGUGUUUUACCAUUUGCUACGCCUUUCACUGUCAUUUCCGAUUCCGGCACGCCGCCACCGGCCCUUGUUGACGGGCCUCAAUCUGGGUUUUCGAUGAACAAAAACAUGGCCCGUACCGACGCCCGCGAGCAAGAGGCAGUCUAUGACAUUAUGCGCGCGACGGGAAAUGAUUGGGCCACCGAGAUUCCUGACGUUUGCCGUGGCCGGUGGCACGGAAUCGAGUGCAUGCCUGAUAAAGAUAAUGUGUACCAUGUAGUGUCCUUGAUGUUCGGAGCUUUGUCCGAUGAUACGGCCUUUCCAACAUGUGAUCCGACCCGGUCUUAUAUUUCAGAGUCUAUCACCAAGCUUCCUUAUAUUAGAAAUUUGUUCUUUUACCGUUGUUUCAGCCAUAAUCCUCAGCCAAUCCCAGCCUUUUUGGGCCGGUUGGGCCCAACAUUACAAACUUUGGUGCUAAGGGAAAAUGGGCAUGUGGGUCCAAUCCCUAGUGAACUAGGCAAUCUUAACCGUUUAAGAGUUCUUGAUCUCCACAAAAAUAAUCUCAACGGUUCAAUACCCUUUUCAUUGGGUAGGAUCACCGGUUUAAGGUCGUUAGAUUUGAGCGGGAACAGAUUAACCGGUUCAAUACCCGGUUUAAGCUUCCCAGUUUUGAAUGUUAUGGACUUGAGCCAAAAUCUACUCAAUGGCUCUAUCCCAUCUGGUCUUGGUACUUGUCAUUCUCUAAUUAAGAUAGAUUUUAGCCAUAAUCGUCUCACUGGUUCAAUACCCGAUUCCUUUGAUGGUCUAAAAGAACUUAUUCUUAUAGAUUUAAGUUAUAAUCGUCUUUCUAAUCCAUUUUCAAUAUCGCUUAAGAAAUUAAAUUCCCUUCAAACUCUAAUUCUCAAAGACAAUCAAAUGGGUUCGAUAACAAUCCGUGAUGAUAGUUUUGAAGGUAUGAAGGGUUUAAUGAUACUUAUUCUAUCCAACAUGAAUUUGUAUGGUCAAAUCCCUGAGUCACUAGGUCGUUUACCAAAUCUUCGUGUUCUUCAUCUUGAUCAAAACCACUUCAAUGGUUCCGUUCCUUCAAAUUUCAAAGACUUAAAGCACCUCAGCGAAUUGCGACUAAACGAUAAUCAAUUAACAGGGCCACUUCCAUUUGAGAGAGAAUUGGUUUGGAGGAUGAAAAGAAAGCUUAGGCUUUACAAUAAUUCAGGACUUUGCUACAAGGCAAAGAAUGGUUUUGAAGAUGGUUUGGAUUCGUCCAUCAAUUCGGACAUCGGGUUAUGUGAAACAGGUCGACCCGUUCCAGGGAAGUCGGUGCAACAUCUUUCUGCACUUGAUGAAGAUGAGGCAGGAUCAAGAACAAUGAAUAGAUCAAGUGGUGCAAUUCAUAAAGCUUCAGUCACUGCUGGAUUGCAUCAACUAACAACAGUUAUUGUGUUUAUUUUAUUUUUAUUGUAAACAAAAUUGUAACUCAAUCUUUUCCA